AAAAAGAACAACCCGAACCACAUAAAACGGCCGAUGAACGCGUUCAUGGUGUGGUCCCAGAUCGAGCGCAGGAAAAUCUGCGAGGUCCAGCCGGACAUGCACAACGCCGAGAUAAGCAAGAGGCUCGGCCGGCGCUGGAAGACGCUCGACGAAGCCGAGCGCCGGCCCUUCAUCGAGGAGGCCGAGAGGCUCCGCCAGCUCCACAUGAUGGAGUACCCGGACUACAAAUACCGGCCCCGGAAAAAAACCACCAAACCCGCCCCAACCCCCAAGACCAAGGACUCCAAAAAGACCAAAAAGUCGUCCGGCUCGCCCCUGUCGUCGUCGUCCUCGCUCUCGAGCGCCCUGUCUUCCGCGAGCUCCAGCUCACAGUCGAUCUCCAAUCCCUGCAAGCCCCGCAACGACACCAACAACAACACCAGAACCCAACACCACCACACGUCCGUCAAGAGGCUCCAGUCCCUACCGACCACGAGUCCCGUGUCCAAGCUCAAAGUUAGACUAGCCCUCGACAAGAGGCCAACGUUGCACACCACCACCACCACCACCACCACCACAACGACGAUUAUGCAGGAACAACAGCAGCAGCAGCAGCAGCAGCAGCAGCAUUACACGCCAACGCCGCCGAUCGCGAGCGCCAAGGUCCCGAGCAGUCCGUCCUGCGACACGCCCGACUCGCCCGAAUCGGCGAGUUUCUACGACGACCAUCAGUUUAUCGACUGCCCGACGCAGAUGGCCAUGCACCAGCACCACCAGCACCACCACCAUCAGCAGCAGCACCAUCAGCAAUUGGAGCUCAUGAAAGCCGAGACGAUGGAUUUCGUGGGUACGGAUUUCGCGGCGAACGACAGGCUGUUGUCCUCGGUGAGGUCGUACGUGCCGGACAUGAGCAGCUUGACGAGGGGCUUCCAGCAGCGCCAAGCUUGCCACCCCGACGACGUGUUCGUCAAGGAGGAACCCCUCGACAUUGCCAACAACAACAUGAUGGUCACAAGCACGACGAACAACAACAACAACAACAACAACAACAACCAUCACCAGCACAACAACAACAACAACAACAACCACGUGAAGCUCGAGGAGUCGUCGAGCAACAACACGUUCACGGACAUUGACGCGAUAGCCCUGACGGACCUGCUGCAGAUCCAGCCGUGCGACUUCAAGCUCGACCUUGACAUGGAGACCAUAGCCACGGACCUCGACGGGUACGACGACCGGGCGAGCGGUGGCCCGGGGAUCAGUCACUUCGAGUUCACCUGCAAUCCCGACGUGACGGACAUGUUCUCCGACAUCGGGGUGAACAACGAGUGGACAAGCUUCUGAGACGAGGGGAGCGCCGGGGGCGAGGGCUUGCUCGGGCCGAGUCGCGUCAACGGUGACCUCGAGCUGUUUGGCGAGCAAGCGGUCGCCCUUUGUGAGGUCUCGGAGGAGGUUGAGGACGUGGAGGUGACGAGGAGGAGGAGGAGGAAGAGGAGGAGGCGUAGGAGGCGCUCGGAGGUACCGGCGGUGUAGUCGCCCGGUUGCCGAGGGAUAAUCAAUAACUUGUGUUUGUGUUCAUUAUUAACAAAAAACAAAAAAACAAAAAAAAACAAAACAAAACAAAAAAGAAACAUAACGAAAACGUGAUCUCUGCAUAAAUAUUUUCACGCGUGCGCGCGUGACGUUCUUCUUGUCGCGCCCGAAAUUGGAUUGUCGAGGCGCGGGCUCAAUACAAUUAGUAGAUCUUUCGCUCUUCGUUUUCUCUCCUUUUAUUUUUUUUUUUACUUUCUUCAACUUGUUUUCAUCUUUUAUUCGUAUUUUAUAUAUUUGUACACGUACACGCGUUUAUCGAGGAUUUCAGAGAAUUGAGCAGCAACAGCAAGAUAUCGCUCGCUCGACUCUUGUGACUGUAAAAAUGCAUGCGUGUAUACAUUAUACACGUGGUGUGCGCGUCGACGCGCGCGUGCGUUAACAUUUUUAUCAUUAUUAUUAUUAUUAUUAUUAUUAUUUUUUACGAUUAUUACAAAAGGGAGAUGAUGGAGGUGGAGAAAAAGUAAAAAUCCAUUUUGCUGUAUGUGCCGGUAUCACGCGAUUGACUUUAUAUACAUAUAUAUAAUACACAUUUGUUGUUUUGAGCAGAAAAAAAGAUAUUUAUACACCAACGCGUGUGAGGCGAUAUAUAUAUAAAUCGUUUCUUCUUUUGUAUAAACGUACUGUAUAGCAUAUACUAGAAGCGUAAGGACUUUUUUGUACGUGUUUGCCGCGCGAACGCGGAGGAGAUUGUUUGCCGAUCGAUCGACCGAACGCGCGGACUCGCGAUCGCGAUCGGAACCGCGUGGACGAGCUCGUGAGCCGAAGGCUUGAUUUUUUACAUUAUUAUUUUCGACGCUUGCAAACUCUCGUCCCUCUCCGAUCGCGAGCGCGACUUGGCUCCAUGUUUUUCCACGACAAUUGCCACGUAGUUGUAUACUGUACAGAUUUUGCGCGGAACGAGCCAAUCGUUUUUUCUUUUUCGUGCUUACUCGCAAACUGCCCUCAAAUCAAUGAUUUCCCUGAUACCUGGUUCCAACCAAAAAAAUCUUUUUUUUUUUUUUUUUAAUUUAGUUUUUGUAUUGUCGCGUAUCGAAAAAGGAAAGAAAAAACAGAAUCGGACCUGGAAAUCGUUGGUUUGGCGAUCGCGAACGAUCGGCUUGAUUCCCCCUUUUCAGAAACCAAUCGAUGUAUAAACAAAAAAAGAAAAAUAACAGGAGAUCAGAGAAAAAAAGCAAACUAGCGAUUUUUUUGGAUAUUUUUAGACGCACAGACACACGUUCACUGGAUACGCAGAGCCAAGCGUUCCGAUCGAUGGUGUAAUUAUUGUGUAAGAGAAGUAGCCGUCGCGGCUGACAUUAACUGUAUAGACUUUUUUAUUGUUUUUGUUUUCGUCUUUAUUCGUAUGAGCAUAUAUAUAUAUAUAUAUAUUAUGAAAGAUAAAAAAAAUGCAAAGUAUAUAUUGUAUAUGUAUAUUAUAAAUACUAAGAGUGCGAGGCGCCUGGCUCUUUAGCGGCGCCGUAGGUUUUUUUUGUAUACAUAAGUAGUUGAGAGAAGAGGCAACACUGAGGCGACACUUUUAGACACCUUUUUUUUUUUUUUAAUCGAACACUUUGGAUGUAUACGUAUAUCUGUUAUACGCAGAAAAAAAAUCACACAUAAAUACAGCAAGAAAAAGAUGUAGAGAGAGAGAGAGAGAGCGUGUUUUUCCGGAUUUCGUUGUUUUGCGAAAAUACGAGCGACUUCCGCCUUUUGCGAACUUUGUAUCGAACCUUGAUCUCAUAUGUUUCUUUUUAUUUUACUAUCAUACGUUUUACUUACUUUUUAAACUAUAAUUAUUAUUA